CCGGGCCGGCGCUGGCUAUGGACGUUUUGCUGCUGGCGGCGGCCGCCGCUCUCCUCGCCGCCCUCCUCUUCCUCGCCGCCCGCUUCCGCCGCCGGCCCGGGGCAGCUGAAGAGGAACCCCAGCAAAAUGCGGCGGCGAUGGCAGUGGCCAGACCUCGGCCCCACGUCGAGGAGCGGGGAGAUGGGAUGCCGAGGCGCCGGAGGAACAUGGGGAACCGGCUGCUGGCCCAGAGGAGAGCACAGCAGGCAGAAGAGUGGGCAGAAGAGGAAGACGAUGCUGAGGAGGUGCCAGAACUUCAGGUAUCUGGGAAAAUUGGAGCAAAAAAGCAGAGGAAAUUAGAAGAGAAACAAGCCAGGAAAGCACAGAGAGAGGCUGAAGAAGCCGAGCGAGAGGAACGGAAAAAACUUGAGUCAAAGAGAGAGGAGGAAAGGCGGAAAGAAGAGGAGAGAAUACGUCUCGAGGAAGAGCGACAGGAAGAGGAGAAAAGAAAGGCGAAAGAAGAGGAGGAGAAGAGAGAGUAUGAAGAGUACCUGAAGCUGAAGGAGAGUUUUGUAGUUGAAGAGGAAGGGGUGGAAGAAAAAAUGACAGAGGAAGAGUCUCGCAGCUUUCUAAUGGAAUUUCUCGAGUAUGUUAAGAAAACAAAGGUAAUUCAGCUGGAGGACUUAGCUUCGCACUUGGGUUUAAGGACACAGGAAGCAAUUAACAGAAUCCAGGACCUGAUGGCAGAUGGCACUCUAACAGGUGUGAUUGAUGACAGAGGAAAGUUCAUCUACAUCACGCCAGAGGAGAUGGCUGCCGUGGCUCAGUAUAUCAAGCAGAGGGGACGAGUCUCCAUUGCCGAGCUGGUCCAAGCAAGCAAUUCCCUGAUCAACCUCCAGCCUGACAGCCAAGCUGUUGCUCCAACUGUGGCAUGAAAUGGUGACACGAGAAAAUACAGCGGGAGCUUAACCUUUUAAUGAAUAAGCCACAAAAAUAAAUGCAAACAGGAACCCCUCUAGUCCAUCUGCGGUGUUUGGAGGCAGGACGCUUUGUUUAGAGGUUAGCUACAAGACCUGAUUGGAAAUUUUGCUUUUGAUUCUUUAGAGAUGGUACAAAAUUUGUGCAGCAGAAGCUAGCAAAGAACGUGGGGCUUAAACACUCGUGUACCUCAGGGAUAUCAGUAAUUGGUACCUGCCUACUUCAUCUUGGCAGUCAGUGUGAUGUGACUGUACCCAUACUCCUUGUUGCUUCCAAAUUCUAUGCCUCAGAUAUAUUUUAAAUAUAUUUGAUAAUGUAUUUGAUAUUUGGCUCCAAUUGCAUUCUGGAUUCUGCAGGCUUGCUUUGCUCUCACAGAGCUGUAGAACUGUGGCGAUGACUGUUCCUGCCUGGAACGAAAGGUCUGUGGGGAUGAGGCUUGUGGAUUUUGUCUUCUGCAUCACCUUUGGAAGGAGAUAGUAAAAAGAAAAUACCACACACGUGUCUCUGUUCUUACUAAAAUGUGAAAACCUUCCGCAGUGCUUUGUUUUUAAAACUUCUGGAGGUUAUUUCAGAAAACCUUUGCUAUGUAAAUGUUUUGUUUGCUUUAUACGAUGUCAGAAGUUUCCUUGCAGCCAAGCUGUGUUAUUUUUCCGUAGCCAAGAGACAGAGACACCUCCAGGGAAAGGCUAACUCGCCUCAUUUAUUGUGCAGGACAAUCCUACUGACACCAACCAGGUUCUGAUGAUUCAUCCUUCGAAGUAAGAGCCAGCUCAGUGUGUCUGAAGGCCUCAGACACCCCCGCUCCGUGGCCUUUGUGUUUUGGAUGUAUAAAAAUUCAGGCAGGAUGAGUCACGCAAUUAAUGUUACAAGUAAACGGUUAUUAAUAUCUUAAUUAUAGAUGUCAGUAUAUUUCCUGCCUAAGAAUAUUUAUUUUUUUAAUAGCCUAAUUGAUGCUUUGUUAAUUCCCUUUUCUGUAUUCAACAGAAUCUGUGUGGAUAUGCGGUAAUUGGGGAGGACAGGGGAGCUGGCUUUGUCGCUGCCGAGCUUAGAGGUGAAUUAAGUAGACUAAAAGCUAUGUUAUCAGUGAGAUGAGAUAGCAAGAGAACAAUGGAAGGAAGCACAUUUCCUGUUUAAUCUCUGCACUGCUGCUCGAUGUGGUGCGGUGCAGGAGAGCUCGGUCACAGCACCACACGUUGAUGCGAGAGAUCAGUGCCAUUACCAUGUUGUGCAACAGUCACCAGCAGAGAUUACCUGAUUGCAGGCUUGUAAAGCCUCUGAAUUAACGAAAAGUUUGAUUUUGCCAUGAUUUUUUUUGUUCUGUCCUAAACUAUUCUUGUAAAAUAAAUGAUACCGAAAGA